UGGGGUCUAACACCGCACACGAGGGGGUGAAGGGAAGAGAGGCCAGGGAGAAGAUCUAGUCUUCCUCCUGGAAGAAGCUGGUGCCUGGCCCUCUUCUCUGGGUCCUUAGAGAAGAGGGGACAGGCACGGGCAUACUUGUACAUGUAUGUGGACACGCAAGUGGGAGUGGGCCCAUGUGGGCAUGCAGGCAGGGGAGGGCAUGUGCAUCUUGGUGACUGAGUCUGGAGGAGACAGACCCAGGUGGUCAGGUGGGCAGAUAGUGGUAUGGUCAGAAUUCUUCCUGUCCUCCUCGGAGCUGGCACAGUCCAGACGCCAGCUCCCUGUGAUAUCACAUCUGCCCAGACCCCUUCCUCUUUGGGAACCCUUCCCCUCCCCCCACACGCUUCCUCUUUCCCAUUACGCCCUCCCUGGGCCUAGAGGGAGUGGACAACCACUCAUUGUCCUGUUUCCGCCCCAGGAGCCACUCCAGGCCAGCCCAGGCCCCCAGCACUCAGCACCUCCUCUGCCCGCCCUGUCUGUGCAGUGCGCCCCUCCCCCACAGGCUCAGCUGUGAUUCUCUCUGUGCAGUUUGUGCUGUGCCUGGGUCUGGCCCUGAUCUUCCCCUGUGCAGCCCACACCAUGGCUAUGUCUGGGCCUGGGAUGCGGCUCACUGGUCAUUAGAGCACUGAGUGGGGCAGCCAGCGGUAUUUCUAGAAGCAUAAAAAUAUCCCCAAUCUAAGGCCCCUCCACCCGACCCGCCCCAACACAAGCAACACUUCCGCAGCCCUGACAGGAAAUGGGCUGGAGUCUCAGCCUCCCGCCAUCUCGAGGCAACUUCUUGUUUCCCUGUUGCCCUGUGCCAGCACUGGGGUAGUGCCCCCUGGGCUCCACCCCCAAAACCUUCCCAGGGCUCUGUCCCGGCAGCUCGGAGGGGCCAGGAUGGUGGACAUGAUCGCCAAAGUGACUAGGAGGCAGAGUCGAGCCUUGCGGGCACAGCCCUGUCAUCCUGGGGACCUAAACGUCUACCUCCCAAAUCUCCUCUGUACCUGCUGGGGAUGUUCCUUUGUGUGAAGACCCCAUCAGCCUCACUGGCCUGGGACUCCUUGGGGACUCAGCCACAGCCCACAGCCUGCCAAGUAGAAACUCCUGCUCCAAAGAGUCUGCUCCUUAUCAGCUCAUCCACCCCGGUGGGGCCUUUCAACCCCUGCCCCAGUGGGUUCAGCUGGGAGGAUGGCAGGUGGACGACCCCCCGGAGCCCGUGUACGCGAACAUAGAGAGGCAGCCCCGGGCCACUUCGCCAAGCGCCACUGCGGUCCCCCUCCCCAGCCCAGUGUGGGAGACGCACACGGACGCGGGCACCGGGCGCCCCUACUACUACAAUCCAGACACGGGAGUUACCACCUGGGAGUCGCCCUUUGAGGCUGCCGAGGGUGCCGCCAGCCCAGCCACCUCCCCUGCCUCGGUGGACAGCCACGUGAGCCUCGAGACCGAGUGGGGCCAGUACUGGGAUGAGGAGAGCCGCAGAGUGUUCUUCUACAACCCGCUGACGGGCGAGACGGCCUGGGAGGACGAGGCCGAGAACGAGCCCGAGGAGGAGUUCGAGAUGCAGCCGGGCCUGAGCCCUGGCAGCCCCGGGGACCCGCGGCCCCCCACCCCUGAGACGGACUACCCCGAGUCACUGACCAGUUACCCCGAGGAGGACUAUUCUCCCGUGGGCUCCUUCGGUGAGCCCGGCCCCACCUCUCCCUUGACCACACCCCCCGGCUGGUCUUGUCAUGUCAGCCAGGACAAGCAGAUGCUCUACACCAACCACUUCACCCAGGAGCAGUGGGUGAGGCUGGAGGACCCUCACGGGAAGCCAUACUUCUACAAUCCAGAGGACUCCUCCGUUCGAUGGGAGCUGCCCCAGGUCCCUGUCCCUGCCCCUCGAAGCAUCCAUAAAUCCAGCCAGGAUGAUGACACCCCAGCCCAGGCCAGCCCUCCAGAGGAGAAGGUCCCUGCAGAGCUGGAUGAGGUUGGGAGCUGGGAGGAAGUCUGUCCUGCCACAGCUGCUGUGAGGACCAAGACGUUGGACAAGGCAGGGGUGCUCCAUCGCACCAAGACGGCAGAAAAGGGAAAGCGGCUCCGGAAGAAGCACUGGAGUGCCUCCUGGACUGUGCUGGAGGGUGGUGUCCUGACAUUCUUCAAGGAUUCAAAGACCUCAGCUGCAGGCGGCCUGAGGCAGCCUUCCAAGUUUUCCACCCCCGAGUACACAGUGGAGCUGAGGGGGGCCACUCUCUCCUGGGCCCCCAAAGACAAAUCCAGUAGGAAGAAUGUGCUGGAGCUGCGGAGCCGAGAUGGCUCGGAGUACCUGAUUCAGCAUGACUCGGAGGCUAUCAUCAGCACCUGGCAUAAGGCCAUUGCUCAGGGCAUCCAGGAGCUGUCCGCAGAUCUGCCCCCAGAGGAGGAGAGCGAGAGCAGCAGAGUGGACUUCGGGGCGAGUGAGCGCCUGGGAAGCUGGCAGGAGAAAGAGGAGGACGCGCGGCCGAAUGCAGCCGCGCCCGCCCUGGGCCCCGGGGGCCUGGAGAGCGACUUGAGCAAGGUCCGGUACAAGCUCCGCAAGUUCCUCCAGAGGCGGCCCACACUGCAGUCGCUGCGGGAGAAGGGCUACAUCAAAGACCAGGUGUUCGGCUGCGCGCUGGCCGCGCUGUGUGAGCGCGAGAGGAGCCGGGUGCCACGCUUUGUGCAGCAGUGCAUCCGCGCCGUCGAGGCCCGCGGGCUGGACAUCGACGGGCUGUACCGCAUCAGUGGAAACCUGGCCACCAUCCAGAAGCUGCGCUAUAAGGUGGACCAUGAUGAGCGCCUUGACCUGGAUGACGGGCGCUGGGAGGACGUCCACGUUAUCACCGGCGCCCUGAAGCUCUUCUUUCGGGAGCUGCCCGAGCCCCUCUUCCCCUUCUCGCACUUCCGCCAGUUCAUUGCAGCCAUCAAGUUGCAGGACCAGGCCCAGCGCAGCCGCUGUGUGCGCGACCUGGUGCGCUCGCUGCCCGCUCCCAACCAUGACACUGUGCGGAUGCUCUUCCAGCACCUCUGCCGGGUGAUCGAGCACGGCGAGCAGAACCGCAUGUCGGUGCAGAGCGUGGCCAUUGUGUUCGGGCCCACGCUGCUGCGGCCCGAAGUGGAAGAGACCAGCAUGCCCAUGACCAUGGUGUUCCAGAACCAGGUGGUGGAGCUCAUCCUGCAGCAGUGUGCGGACAUCUUCCCGCCGCACUGACUGCGGGCCUGCGACUGGGGCGGCGGCCAAGGGCCUGCCACACAAGCUGGGCGGCGGAGGCCACGCGGCCCGGCCUUCUCUCUGGGACCUUCCGCCAGCGCACAGCCGCAGGCAGGUGUGACUUCUGCACCCUCGGUUUUGAGGGUACGGUGACCCCUAGUGGGCAGUCUGCAAAAUGUGAUUCCUUCCCCCAACUCCUCAUCACCCCUGCCACCCCUCUCCCCUCCCCCCUCCCCCGCACCCGUCACGUCCUAUUUGGGGUUAAUUAGGUUUUUUUCUCUAUUGCAUCGCUCCUACUGUGCGUGCGCGAUAGGGUGUGUGGGGGUGACAGUUGGAAUUUCUGGAAUGGUGGAUGCUGGGGGGAGGAGUUUGGUGGGGGGCUUCCUGGCUGCUUUCUGGCCCUCACCUCGUGGAGGCCUUCACAGAGACCCUGUGGACCCUGUGCCGGCACUGUCCAGUCAUGAAGCAGCUGUAACCACUUCCCUACUGUGGAAAUAGGACUGACCCAGUGUGGGCGGCUGAAGCUGUCCUCCUCAGGCCUCAGGGAUGACCUCCUGCCUGAGCCUCUCGCAGGCUGGCUGUGCGCCAGUUUCAUCUGCUUUUCUGUUGGGGAUACCGGGCCUCUGCUGUCCCCGACCCACUGGUAUUCUGUGCUAGGCUUCUUCCUAUUCACCAAGUGCGCACCUCGCAUCUGCCACUCAUGGCAUGCACCAGUUCCACACACAAUCCCAUUUUACAGACGAGGAUGCUGAGGCCUGCAGCCGCAAUGUGACUUGCUCAAGGUCCAGUUAGUGACCUCACUCCCCAUAAAAGGCUCCUCCCACACCAGAGCACCGCCUGCGUAGGGGGGAAAUCAGUCCUUUCAGCUACCACCCUCCAACCUUUGGGCCUAUGCGAAAGGAAAGGAACUAAACUGAGUGUUUUCUGUCUGGACCUGGGGAGGCCCCUGAAGGCAAAGAGGGAAACUGCCCCAGCUGUUCUGUCCUAGAGGAGGGGGACGUAGCCCUAGCAGGAGCUCCCAGCCCCUUUUGGCAGUCUGACACACAAGUAUGCCCAUCUGGGGCCCGCUUUGCCAUGAAGAGCUGGGCAGGCCUGCAGGGUGUGGGGAAGGAGGACACAACCUCAAGAAAGGAAGCAUGAAUCCCAGGGAACAGCGGGUCCCUUCCCUCCUCAGACACAAGCCACCUCAGCUUGUGGCUCUUGGCCCCCAGCCCCUCCCACCCACCUGUUCAUUUAUUCAACAGACAAUGACAGCUCAUAUUUAUUGGACAUUAGCACCAUGCCAAGCAUUUAGCUUGGAUUAUCCCAUUUGUUUCUCACAGCCGGUAUUUAUUAUCCACUCUUCUGUGCCAGGUGCUGUGCUCUGGACAGGGGCACUGCACGGGCUGCCUGCCCUGGUGGAGCUUGUGGUCUGACGGGUGAGGCUGACCCAAGCCCACCUCACUGCCAGCAGGGCCAGGGCAAGAGUACACACGGGGGCCUCAUACCAUAUGUCUAAAUAUUUAAAAGUUAUCAAUCAAGCUAACAACUGUUAAAUAAAAUAUGUUCUAUUCUCCUACUUUGA